AUGGCUUUAUCAGAAUAUGGUCUGGUAGAAUCAAACAACGGCUCCGUACAUACAUAUAAUCCACUCAACUAUGAUGAUAGCGCUGUUAUACGAGACGAAGAUUUAACUGAUCAAGACGAUGAGUUGUCUCCACUAAAUCCUAUGUUAGAUUCUAACUUCAACAGAAGAGUAAGAAAAUUUAAUAGAAAGAGUUCAGUAAUAAUUGCUAAUACAGGUGAAAGAGUACACCGAACAAUUUCCCUUACAUCCAGCAGUAGUCCGAACUUAGAUGAGUCUCAGAAUGAACCAAGUCUGCUGGUAAUAGUUUUAGCAUGGCACCGGGCCACAAAAAUGUAUUAUGAUGAAACAUUUCGUUGUAUAGCGAAGUGCUCAAUAGCAUAUCUUAUCGCAUCUUUAGGUGUUUAUUGUACACCAUUCAACAAUUUUUUAGGUAAAUCUGAUUUUAAGCAUGUUGUUGCUACUGUCGCGGUGUAUUUCCAUCCAGCAAGAUCCAAAGGAUCGAUGCAUCAAACACUUGGAUUUGUUGUGGUAUCUUUCAUAUUCUCUUUUAGUGUUUGUUUCGGCUGUCGUUCUGUAUCGUCUUAUUUCUUUAACAGAGGCUUGGACGAAGUGAGUUAUACGAUUGAUUUGUUCGUGAGUUCAUUUUGCUUGGGAAUCAUAGCUUAUAUGAAGCAGAGAGUGGGAAAGCAAACUUUCAAUACAGCAUGUUCAUUAGCGUCAAUCUCAGUUGUUGGCUGUAUCGUUAAGGAAGGCAGUAACAAUUCAUCAGAUGUUCCUAUAGAACGACUACAAUCGACUUUAUUGAUCAUUGUUACUGGUUGUAUGAUAUCUGUGGCUGUUUGUUACCUUUUAUGGCCAGUAAGUGCAACUGAAGAGCUCAAGAUAUCCUUGAAAUCCUCCUUUGCCGUUAUGUCUUCAGUCUUAUCUCUUGUUGCAACAAGAUUUUUGGCUGGCGAUAAACUCACCACGAGCGAUACCGAACAUUUUAACUUACUAGACAAACAUGUGAAAAAAAUAAAAACAGACUUAGAGGAAGCGAGAUACGAACUCAUAUUAAGAGGUAAAGAGAAUGAAUGGCUUAUUCUCCAAGGGUUAGUCAACAUAGCUGUUUCUCUUUCUCAACAUCUAAGGGCUCUAAAGAGUUCCUUAGAUAUGGAGGGAAGAUUGUUGCAUAAUAUAAGUGACGAUACUUCAUCUUUCACAAGUUUAAGCACAUACGCUUCUGAUAUUAGGCUAACCGAGUCUGUCGAAAAUAUGGCUAAUAUUGAAAUUCCCAAGAUAUAUGAAGACCAAGCUUACGAUCCCGAACAACUCUUCAAUUUAUUUGUUCAAUAUUUAGCACCACCAAUAAGAUCAUUUAUCUUCACUAUAAAAGGGAUCUUGUGUGAAGUACCAUCAUCAAGUAGAGCUUCCAUUGGUUCAUUCAUUCAAACAACUAGCUUACAAAAUUCGUUGCAAGAUGCCGUCGACCUCUUUGAUCGAAAGCAGAUUUCAUCAUUCGAAGAUUUAUACUCUCAAGACAUUUUUAAGACUUCAAAUGCUACUUUUAAAGCAAGCCAGGAGGAGGUGACUGCCUGUUGUGGUAAUUUUUCAUCAAUAUUGAAAUUAUUUGCUCAGAAAUUGAUGGUAGCAUUAAAAUUGACCGAGCAGUACGAACUUUCUAAAUCUGACAAAAGAGAUUGGAGCUGGAUUAUAAAUUGCUGGAGACAGAAAUCGAGCGAAGAUUUGAAAACAGGUGGUACUUUUGAAGAAGCCUUGGCCGAUCUACAAAGCCACCUACAUUCACAAAAAAGUGAUAAACAGAGCUUCUCGCUUAAAUUAUGGAGGUUAUUGAGACUUUUCAAGACUACUAAUGUGAAGGUUGGUAUGAGAGUUGGUUUAGGUGCGUUAUUUCUAUCCUUCUUUGCUUUUUAUCCCAGAACUAAACCGACUUUCAAUCAUUAUAGAGGAGAGUGGUCUUUAGCAAUCUACUGUUUUAUGAUGAAUAAGUCCGUUGGGGGUACCUCAAUGACUGUUAAGUGGAGAAUAAUUGGUACAACUUUUGGUGCUUGUACCGCAGUUGUGAUUUGGGUUUUAACGGGUGGGAAUGGCAUUGCGUUAGCGUUGACCGGCCUCUUUAUCUCAUCAUUUUCGUUUUAUAUUAUUCUUUUUUGGAAACAGAAUAAUGCCUUUGGGAGAUUUAUAUUGUUGACUUACAACCUAACUGCCUUAUAUUCAUACAGUAUGACUCAACAAGAUUCCGAGGAUGGGCAAGAGGGUGGUGACAAUCCCGUCAUUGGGGAAAUAGCAUUUCAUCGGUUCAUAUCUGUUUCAGUCGGUAUAAUAUGGGCUUUAAUAAUGGCUUCCUGUUUCUUACCCAAUAGUGCUAGAGUGCGUUUGAAAAAUGCCUUAACUGUUUUGUGGCUACGAUUGGGGGUGAUAUGGAACAGUGAUCCAUUAGAAUACGAUCAUCUGUCACACUUAUUAGUAGGUUUAAAAGAACAAACCGGAGCGGACACAUUAUUGUCCGAAUGUUUAGUUUUGUUAAAGCAAGCACCUCUCGAGCUUCGAUUAAAGGGAUCAUUUCCAAAGAAAAUCUACGAAAAAUUAAUUCUGUCAACAUCCAAUGUGUUAGAUGCCUUUCAAAACAUGAAUUUGAUGAUUAAAGUAGACCCCCUCAUUAGCAAAAAUGAACAAUAUGUCCUUGAGUACCUCGCAGCCGAGAGAGAGGAGCUCGAGCAUAGAAUCUUUUUAAUCUUCUACCUGAUUGCAAGUGCCAUGAGAUUAAAUUUCCCACUUCCAGGAAAACCCGUAUCGACCCUGCAUGCAAGAGAUCGUAUGCUAGUGAAGCUCAAUGAUAUAAGGUCCCUUCAUUCUACUGACAUUAUCUUGACGAAUGAAGAUUAUGUGUUGUUGUACUCUUACAUUCUUGUUUCUACUACGAUUUCGUAUGAACUUGAAAAGAUAACGCAGUUGAUACAAAAGCUUUUUGGUGAUGUCUCGGAAGAUGUUUUCCAACUAUCCUAG